UUGAUGCUCGGCUGCUGGGAAAGCUUCAGACAGCAGAGCCUUCAGUGAAUGCUGUAACCGUGAGACCUCCAUAUGCAUAUGCUCUGCUUCAGUGGAUUUAAUUGAUUGCUCCACCACCCAAUGACUGGGUAAAUGUUUGGCCUGAAAAUGGGAAAGCCAAAUCUAAGAAGAGUUUCCUGGGUGGUAAUACACAAUUCAAGGGCUAUAAACCAGCCUAGAUAGAGUUUCUCACACCCCCACAGGAAUAAGCAAAUCAUCAGCCCUCCUUUUCAGAAGUCCUUGUGGGCUGGGAGGCUGCUAGCCAGAUCAACCAAAAGCACGUGGAAUAGUCACUUCUGCUUGCAUUUGAUUAUCUCUUGCAAGUGUCCUAAGUAUGGAUUGUAAUCCUGGGGUCUCACUGUCAUUUUUGUAUAAAAACGACCCAUUUUAUUCUCUUUGCCUGUCUGAUUUAAUGAGAGCUCCCCAGGGUGUGAGCAACCAGUUUCUGAAAGAGCAAAGGAAUCUAACUGAGUCAUUAAAGAGGAUAGAUCGUUGUCAAAUGAGCAGAUUAGGACAACUGAAUGAAGAAAAGAAACAGUUUGCUCUGCUGAUGAAGAGAAGACUGACCCCUAAAAGCAGCAGCAGGCUUAUUUCUCUGGCAGGAGAAAGGGACUCCAUAAGGAGCUUCUCAGCAAAGACUUUUAGAGACCUGACAUCUGCAAAAAACAGCAUAGAAAGCUUUGAAACUGUGUCAACUGUGUCCAGUUACAGGACUGAUUCUACAGCCUCGAAAAGCUCUAAUUCUGAGGGGAAGAAAUGGAGAAAUCAUACAAGUCACCUCCCUGUGCGCAGGGAGUACAGUAGCACUAUACUACAGGAAAAGAGAUGUCAGUAUGGAGAGACUGCCCAACUCCUCGUAAGAAGUGAGAGCUGCUUCCCUCGCCUGGGAUCAGAAAACAUCAGUAAAGCCGCCUUCCUUACUACCAGGGGAAAUUCAUGAUGUCUACUUAUUUACUUUGUAUCAGUAUGAAACAAAUCAGACACAUAGGCAACCCCAAAGUUACUUAUGGAAGAGAGAGAACAGUUUAACCAACUGUGUCUAUGAGUAGUGUGCAAAUUUAUUUAGUGUCACCUGCUUGUCUUGUACAGGUCAGAAUGAUCACACAAGGUAUUCUCAGAUGAUUCUCUGGAAAAAUACAGAAUUCUGAGCAAUUUCACAAAAUGUCCUGUUCUAUUGGGGGAAGGGGUUGUUGGCAAUUUAUUUGAGGUUCUUAAUAAAGGGGUAAUAAUUUUC